AUGGCUGGAGCCGGUUGUGUGGCGCUCCUUAUUGUGAGCUGUCAGUCGACGGCGCUGCUCAGUGUCCAGAAGGAUGGGAUCGCUUCGCGGGCGGUCAAAGGCGACAGGACUAUAUUGCUCUCCAGACCGCAUGUGGCCUUUGUCAUGAGCUGCCUUCAGAAGAGCAUGGCAAAUCUCGCAAUGGCAGCUUCAUCAGAACCAGAAGCCUUAAAGAACCCAGCCCGGCCGGUACGAGGAGGCGUUGAACUGUCCUAUCUCUCUUUGCUCUCGUCGUCCUUGAACAACUCGGACACUGCGCCCACACGCGAACAGACCAUGCCGGCCGACCGCGACAGUCAGUACUGCCGCGCUGGCUAUAGCCAAGCCAUCGCCGAUGCCGUCGUCCAUCUUGACCAGGCCCCCAAGGCUCCGAAGCGACUAAAUGUCCGGUUUCACGGAGCGAACACAGACCGUGCGAGGAAGACCCGAGCGACCAGAGACGAGAUCAUCUACGAGGAGGGGUCCGACAGCGACGACAUUCUCUCCAUCCACGACGCCCUCCGCUCGCCUCGCCCGGGUCCCAACGAGCGCACAGGGCAGCCGGCGUCGACGACCGUUGGCCGUGGCAAGGCUGGCACGCCGAUGGAGCCCCGUCGCUCGUCCGGGCGUGGUGGUUGCUGGCGCUUCCUUCUGGGCGUGGCCUUGGGCAUGGCCGUGUGCGUUGUUGUCGUGGUCGUGGCCGUGGCAAAGCAGGAUCACCAUUGCGUUAUGACAUGGGUGCGGGUGAAGGAAGAUUCGACAGAUCUUGCGGACACCUUCAUGGAGAGGGCUCGGGCUGUGGUUGGUAAAGGGGCGUGGGCGUCGGUUCAGAGGCUUUGGAAUUGA